AUGGCCGACAAUGAGUCGGAGGAAACUCCAGGGAGCAGCACCGCGUCCCACCCGGGUCAGCUUGACCUCGGCACCCUUGUACCCGCACACACGGAUCUAAUCAACCCGUUAUUGCUGGAUGACAGCCCGCUAGACUUCACUGGCCCCUUCAUGGCACAGGAGUUCGACUACGCAAACAUCUCGGAGGGUAUCGAUAUGGACCUGCUCAUGUUAAACCCCGAAGACUUCCCGGUUGGCAUCACGAGCAAUGACGGGAAGCUUCCCGCCGCAGCGCCCAGCCCUGGGUGCUGCGGCGCCCAGGGGGACGAUUGCCGCGGCCGUCGGGACCUCAGAGUCAGUGUCGACGAUGCCAACGAUGAUUGUGCGGAGGCACUGGCCAACCUGGCCAAGUAUCCGGCUGCGAUAACCGCGCCGUUUCGAUUUCCGUCCAAACAUGCGACGAGGCGCUUUGUGAGCGCCUUCUUCAGGUAA